AUGGCGCGGAAUAAAGUUUUCGUACAGUUAAGCGUUGGAUUGUGUGUGCCGCUUCUUCUUGGUCUGCUCGUGAUACCGUGUGAAGCAAUUGUUGGAGGUAUUCGAUCAGCAACACCUCCGCUCGAUGAUCCGGUUGUGUUCGUGCGAACCGGUGGCCGUGCGGCCCGAGUCGAAGGAUUGAGAAAUCGCGAAACGGGACUCUAUUCGUUUCUGGGCAUUCAUUAUGCAGAAUCGCCUACCGGGCAGAACCGUUUCGCAAGACCCCAGUAUCGGCAUCUGAGUGGAGACAUUAAUGCGACCCGUCAUGGUUCACCCUGUCCACAGCCGAAAUCCGACAAUCCGUACCGAGUGAUUGGACACGAAGAUUGUCUGCUGUUGAACAUUUUCACACCACAAAUGCCGGACGAGACGACGGGAUUGCCGGUGGUGGUGUUUAUUCAUGGUGGAGGCUACCGAUAUGGGUCGGCAUCUCAGUAUGGUGCCGAGCCACUAACCGCUAACGGAGUGAUCUUCGUACCGAUCCAGUAUCGGCUCGGAUCGUUCGGCAUGAUCGGCGAUGGUAGCCGUGACGUGUCCGGUAAUUUGGCACUGCUCGAUAUGGCGACGGCAGUACGAUGGAUAAAGGACUACAUUGGAUGGUUUGGAGGUGAUCCGGCACAGAUCAAGCUGGUCGGACAUGGUUCGGGAGCAUCCGCUGCGAUGGUACUUGCAUCGGCCACUAUGGCACGCAGCUCCGUCACCGGUGUGGUCGCUAUGUCAGGUUCGUCUGUGCAACCGAACUCGUACGACCGAGAACCACAAGCAUCGUACCAGGAAACUACAAUGCGCCAUAGAUGUGCGGCUGGAAAUGAAACCGAGGUGAUGAAGUGUCUGCGCGACAGGACCACCGAGGAGAUCGUGCUGAUGGAUUCGGAGCUACAAACUGAGCGUUUCAGUGGCGAAAAGCUUAUCAACGGAAUGUCUCCACAGGCUGGUGUAAAUCCUGUCGUCGAGGAGAAGGAUGAUGGGCGGGGAUUGUUGGGACUUUUGACAGACAAACCGGAGGCAAUGCUUCUCGCUGGGGACUUUCCCAAAAUCCCACUCCUGAUCGGUGUGACGAAAGAUGAAACGGCAAAUGCGAUCGAUGUGAAAGAGAUUCAGUCUGUGUUUAAGGGACCUACGAAUUUCCUCAAAAAAACGACCUCAUUGAUAGGACUGGAAGGAUUUCUAGAUGUAGAGAAAAGCGUACAGAGCUUAGGCAGCGUCGGGGGCGUUCUUAACCUGGAUAAGUAUCUCGAGAUACCGAGCGGUUGGGAUACGACACAGAUUUUGGGUAAGUUGAUGGAAGCGACAACCGAUGCCGUGUUCAACCUACCCGCCGUAGUGUCCGCCCAGGCAUGGAGCAAAAGCUCGAAAGCUUUCGUGUACAGCUUCGAACACCGUUCGGACAAUACGCGAGGGCGCGAUUUCCUGUCCGGGCUUCCGAUCGUAGCUAAGACGGGCAAAAAUGGAGCUAACGAUGGACUGGUGGCACAUGGCGAUGAGUUGGGCAUUCUGUUCGACACGCACGAUGUCUUCGGCAAUCCGACCAUAUCAGCUGCCCUCAAAUCAACGAAAGACAUUAACGCACGGAAGUCGUUUGCUUCGUUUAUUGCGAAGUUUGCGUACCUUAACAUGAGCAGCAUGCAUCAGGACAACGUGUUCAAAAGCUUCUCCAGCAAGGGUACACCGUUCGUGAAGGUCGGCGAACAAGUUUCUGUGGGUAAUGACUUCAGAUUUUGUCAACUAUCCAUCUUUGGGGCACAGCUGGAGGCACUGAAAUCAAUUUCCUGCUCGUUCCUGGGCGAAGGGCUUGGCUCCGUCAACAAAGUGGUCGGCAAUGUAGUACCCAUUAACAAAGUGUCCGGAUUACUGUUCGGAGGAUAGUCAUUUCGAGAGACACAAACGCAACGUUUAUCGUACGUAAGGAGAAGAAGCCGAAACCAAACGACGAUAGUGACCGUUUUUAUGAUGUACAUCCUUUAAGACGCCAGAACGGAACGGAAUACGUUUCGGGUUUCCUUCCGGUGGCAAUCCUAACUUACUGCUCUCCCCGUUCCGAUGUUGGACGGUCGCGUAAUAAAGUGUACUUGUGUGGUACAUAAAACUGCA